GAUUAAUGAGUUUUAUUAUUAUUAUUAUUAUUAUUAUUAUUAUUAUUAUGUUGACCGUUGGUUCACGUGUUCCAGUCAUGCCCGCUUGAGAAGUCAUGGAUCACUAUAAAUACAUCCCAUUUUACCUUUGAUCAUAGCCUAUUGAGUUCCAAUAACAAAUAGAGCCGUUAGGGUUGUGUCGUUCUUCUCUCGUUGGAAGUUUCGUACUUUGAAGCUGGAUUUGCCCAUUUCUUUUGACGAUGAAGAUGUCCAAUGUUUCAUAAUUCUGUUGUUCUCACUUCAAUUCGAAGAAUGACAAUCGAUUCCUCUGGAGCUUAUGCAUCUUGAUUCGAUAAUACUUUGUUGAGAAGUAUUUUUGUAUUUCAACUCUUCUCUUUGGUUUCAGAAUGAAUAGACCACUCGGACUUUCAGGUAUAAAAAAUCUGGAACAGUUUAAAUCUCGGAUUGGAUCUAGUUCGGGUGCUCCAAAUGCAAAGAUGCUUUCAAGUUCUUUCCACAAGCCUCCAGAUUCGGUUGCUUCCGGAAGUUUUGCGAAUCUGAAACUUACAGCAGAGAAAUUGCUCAACGAACAAGCUUCCGCAAAAACUGACCUCGAAUUUGCGAACUCCAAGCUGAAGAAACUGACGGAGCAAAUUGGCAUACUUGAAGAGAAACUGCAGAAGGCAUUUAAUGAAAAUUCGAAACUUUUUGCAAAACAAAAAGAAGAUGAAAGACAAUGGAAAGGACUUGAGUCCAAGUUCGCUUCAACAAAGGCACUCUGCGAUGAGCUCACCGAAACUUUGCAGCAGUUAACAGUCCAGGUUCAGAAUGCUGAAAAGGAUAAGGUGUAUUUUGAAGAUAAGUUGUCUGCAACAUCCGUUGCUCUGGACAAACUGCAUGAACACAUAAAGUCCUUGUCCUUGAGGUUGGAUACUUCAGAAGAAAUAACUAAAACUCGUGACCGUGAACUUACGGAUCUUCGGCUUGAAAAAGAAAAGCUUGAGACAUUUUUCAGAAAUGAGCAAGACAGAGCUACCCGCCAGAUUGAGAUGAAAGAUGAUAAGAUAAAACAGUUGAAAGAAGAUGUGGCAGCAAACAUGGUAACUUUGGAAAAUUUGACUUCGGAAAUGGAGAAAUUGCAUGUUGAAAUGAGAGUAAAAGAAGACAACCUGCUUGAAUUGAGUAUCUCCAAAGAGAAACUGGAGAGAGACAACGAGAAUCUAAUAUCUAGCCAAAAAGCUCUUACAAACAGACUGGAAAUGGCAAACAAAGAGAUACAAAAUUUUGAAGAUUUUGUGACAUUGUUGGUUGUGAGGUUCACUGAAUUGGAGAAUCAGAGCCUUACAUUUUCUGAAAGAAUCAGCCAGCUAAAUGCUAUAUUUGAUAAAUCUCUUGCGUUGGCUCAACAGGAGAAGGAUCUUGUUUCAAAGUGUACAAAGAAAAAGUUUGAUCAUAUUCACAACGAAUGUUCCAGUGUUAUAUCUGAGAAAAAUGCUUUACAGUUGGUUAAUCAUGAACUGAAAAAUAAAGUUAUUGAGCUUCAGAAAGAACAGGAGUUUGCAAUGGUGCAACAUGCAGAAGAAUGCCGAUUGGCAGAAGAGAAAAUUCAAAAUUUGGAGUCUGAAGCAGAACGUCUCGUUUCUGAGCAGAAUGGAAUGCAAGCCUUGGUAGUCAAACUGGAGGAUAACCUCAGGACUUCUACAGAAAGCUCAAUAUUGUCUGAUACAAAAAGGCAAGAGGCACUGCAGAAAUUUUCUGAGUUAGAGUGUGAAAGCAAAAGGAUUGUGGAUGAGUUGAAAGCAGAUUUGAUGAAAAAGCAAGGUGAAGUUGAUCUUCUACAAAGAGAGAUUGAGAGAAGUGAAGAAAAUGUGGGCUCACUGAAUAAAAGAAUCAUUGAGCUUGAGAAUUCACUGGAAGAGAAGAACAAGUUCAUUAUGGAACUCAAGACCAUAGAGAAACAAUUUGAAGAGCAGAAAGCAGAGAUUAUGGCUUCAUUGGCUGACAGAGAAAGUAAGCUUGAGGAAGCCAAGAAACAGUAUGAUCAAAUGUUAGAAAGCAAACACUUGGAACUAUCAAGGCAUUUAAAAGAUAUUUCUCAGAGAAAUGAUCAGGCCAUCAGUGAUAUAAAAAGGAAGUACGAGAUAGAGAAAGAGGAGGCUGUUAAUAUUGAGAAACAAAAGGCAGAAGAUUUUAUCCGAGAUACAGAAAAAACAUGUGAGCAAAAGAUUGCAGAGUGCAAAGAAGAAUGUAGGCAUCAAUUGCAACAGAUGCAGGAAGAACAUGCUGCAUUGAUUAGCAACCUUCAGCUGGAACAUGCUAACAAGGAAAUGAACCUCAAAGCUAAGCUCUCUGAAGAAUUAAAACGCGCCGAACUUCAUGCAGAAACUGAAUUACGAGAGAAAACAAAAUUACUUAGGUCUGAGCAUGAAGCUCAGCUAAGAGCUUUGAGGUGUGAGCAAGAAGAUGAGUUCAAAAGACUGCAGGAGGAGUUGGAUAUUCAAAAGGCAAAGGAAGAGAGGCAAAGAGCCUUACUGCAGCUACAGUGGAAAGUAAUGAGUGACAAUCCACAAGAGGACCAAGAAGUGAACUCAAAAAAGACUUACUCUAUUUCCUCCACAAAGAUGAGAAACAAAGACAGAAGCACAAGAAUUCGUCAUGAAUCGAAGAGAAACGAUGAAGAGAAGGAACCUCCUUACCUGAAAGCAACAGAAACUCCAAUUUCAAAUUUGUUGAAAAAUGUUGAGAAUGUAAAUACUGGAACUCCAAUGAGUUUGCCUAACCAUAGCAGGAAGGUAACUCGCCACGAGUAUGAAAUUGAAACAUCAAAUGGUAGAACAAUCACAAAGAGAAAGAAAACUAGAAGUACAGUCAUGUUUGAGGAUCCUAGGAAGCAGAGGAAAAGAAACACUCCUAGAACAAAGACACCCAAAUGUGAAAAUCAGCUUUUGCAGGGUGUCAAAGGUAGUGGUGUUCAUCCAAAUGCACCUAACAUAGGUGAUUUGUUCACUGAAGGAUCAUUGAAUCCAUAUGUUGAUGAUCCCUACGCAUUCGAUUAAAGGUAUCGUCGUUGUUCUUUAACAUGCCAUUUGACUCUACAUAAAAUAGCCUUGGAGAGCAAUAUCUACACACUACGCACAAUUAAGACUUUGAUAGUAGUCAAGUUUCUUGCAUGCCCUUUGUUCACCCUUCCAUCUCUUACAAACAAUGUCCACAAUUUCUCAUUCACUGAACGAUCUAUGGCUUGACUGCUAUUUGUAUUACUUGCUAGUGCACCUGUGAUUUCAUGCAUUUACUCGAUGUUAGUAUUUUUAAAACGUGUUGAUAUUAUUCACAUUAGUAUCACAAUAAUCACAGUCACGAGGGUCAGUUUAGGAACAUGUUUUCACAAAAGCAGACACGAGUCAUAUUUUCAUUAGCACUUAAAGUAGUUGUAGGUAAUUUUCCAUUAGUAUAGGAACUUGCUCCCUAAACUCCACUAAAUAAACUUAAUUUACUAUCUAUUCAACUUGUGCUUGCUUGUCUCUGUGCACUUUACUGAAAUUUGUUGUAAAAAGUGAAUGGUAUUCAUCUUAUACGCAGCUUUUCCUGAACUUCAUGCAUCAUGAAAUUAUAGAUUCAAAUAUUAUCAUAUUGGGAGCAUCUAUAUGUUAUUUUAUUUAAAGUAGAUUUUAUUGUGUGCCAUCUAUUCAUCAAUCUGAUUUUGUGGGUAACAAAAGUACGAAACUUUAUUCCAUAGCAUAUGGGGCUCUUAUAUGAUUUUUCGAGGCAGGAAGAAUCAAAACAGCUUUCUCAUUCAAAGCAUCAUUAAUUAUGACGUAAUUAGUGCAAUCUUGUUCCUAGCAACGCUCUCAUUUCUAGACAUCCAAAUUUGCGUGCCCACUACUGCAUUUUUAUUUUAUUUUUUUAUUAAAAAAGGAAUUCUUUUUCUACACAAAACCAUGAAUGGUGGACCUUGGACAUUUAAAUUUCAAAAUAAAUAUGCAAUUAAAGUGACUAAUAAAUAAACCAACAGCUUUCGUACUAGUACGAUUAUUAGAUUUUUCUUCUGCCUAGCCCACUUAAAUUUGCACGGAAUUAUUCUGACACUUGGGGUAACAAGAAUUUAAAAUUCAAAUCUUCAAUCUCCGCCAGACCACGACAUCUAAAUUCAACUCUCAUUUUCAUCCACAAGAACAUCCCAACAGCCACAAUGCAAAAAAUUAUGGGUUUGUUUAGAUAUUUUUUUAAGGAAAUGUUUUGAUAAAUAGUUUAAAGAAGUUUAAAAAAACACAAACCAUAGUUGUUUAUAAACAAAUGAUCAAGCCCAUAAAGAAAAUGCGUCCUAGUUAUCCGGACGUCCGUCCUUCCUAUAAUGGGCGCGGAAAACACUGCAAUUAAUAAGCUCACACUUAGAGAUACAUCUAUUUGUGGGCCUUUGCAGUUGGCCAUAACCAGUAGUAGUAGUAGUAGUACUAGUUUAUUUAUUGAUUAAAUUAAAGAAGCUCUCUUACUCACUCAGAUUCCUUCUACACCACUCUGCUAAUUACCAUUUAAUAAUUUACACAUGCUCCUUUGUCAGUUUGUGAAAUGAUGUCUCCCUCAGUGUCCCCUCCCCAUCCCCAUCCUUCUUUUGUUUUCUUUUUCAGAGAUGAUGCAUCAUCUCCUUUGCAUACAUACAUACAUACAUAAAUACACACACAUUAUGCAGUUUUGACAUCAUCUGCACUAUAUCCGGAGAUGUAUCUAAUUUGUUAACUGUU